AUGUCGCUCAGCACACUGCUCCACGUCAAAAUCCUUCGACUCUACGGGUUAGUACCUGCAGAAUGGGAUUCCUAUGUGCAAGUGAAGGUCGGCUGUAUCACGAAGAAGACGCAGAGAAGCGUGCACGGUGAUCAUGCAUACUGCAACGAAACCUUGGAGUUUCCCCUGUUUGAUACCUGGAUCACGUUCAGGGCCAUAACUAGGAAAUCACCCGGAUGGACCCACACUGUCAUAGGGGAACAUCAAGAAGACAUGGCGCUACUGUAUGAUGCGGAUGAAGGACAAGAGCUUUCUAGGACCCUGCAUGGUCCAGAUAUCCACAGAAGCCUCCGCAUUGACUUCUCUUUGAUGGUGGAGAUCAGACCGUUCAAGAUCGAACCUAUCGCAUCCCCCGUCUCAGUAGAAGACCUCUGCGAGCACAGAGACAUGGACGUAGCACCCCUAGGAGGUAUCAAGUUGGCGAACCCUCAGGAACUUGUGGCUUUGCCUAAAAGUGCUGACUCUCCAUCGAAUACGAACCCACUGACGAGAGUGACGGGCAAGAUGAGAGUUUACCUCGCAAAGUUGCUGACGCUCUGCAACAUAUGCCGUCAGUCAACAGACUCUGAAACGUGGCAAUCUAUCUCCCGCGCUGGUUCUGGGUUCGACGUAUCUAGCGCUGUUCCUGACGAUGAGCGUGAUCGAGGGGAGGCAGGCCCUCGCCAGCCCGUUCCAAACAUCGUCAGCCAACCUGACUCCCCAUCGCCAUCGACGGGAGAGCCAAUGAGGGAUCCGUCGUACAAAUGGAGGCUCAUUGACGCCAACAUCUUUGUGAGCAGUGGCGUGCUCAAGCUUGUACAAGUGUCUAGCCUGCAAGAGAAGCCAUUUGUCGCCAUCUCUUACCGAUGGACCAAGGCAGUCACCGACUGGAGGGCGCAGAUUGUGGAGUAUGGCAACGCUCACGACAGUGAUCUCAACUACGAAACGAAGCUGGCGCUCGGCUCCUUGUUCUUCUCCACCCUAACCCUGGACACUCUGAUUGACGAUGCCUCUGCGAUCGAAGGUCAGAGGUUUCUCGCACAGAUCGCUCUCAACGUCAUGAUAACCGGCUAUCAGUACUUCUGGAUGGACAUCGUCUGUAUCGACCAGGACGUCCUCGAGGAGAAGCAAUUCUUCGUUUCGAAGAUGGGAACACUAUACUCGAGUGCCGCCGCCACUCACGCAUAUCCCACCGGCACCAGUCCCCUUUCUACGUUGGAAUCACCCGAACUGUACUUCCCGAUCUGGGAGUCGAGGGCAUGGACACUCCAAGAGCAAAUUCUGUCGCGCUCCGUCACUUUUGUAUACCUCUUCGAAGGGGACAUGACUGACGAGGUCAUCGGUCUCACUCCGUCCACGACCUCCACGUCUUUGCCUCCAUGGGCACUGGGUGGCCGCAUGGUGACCCAGGCGGACGGCAUGCAGACGGAGUCAGGCAUGAUCUGCGUGCUCUGGCAGAGCACAGAGCAUAUUACGACGUGCGUUCUGGAGAACGAGUCCUGGGAUGGUGGUCUUCCUACCCACGCCUUUUUCGGGAUCGAGAUAGAGAGGCACCAACGUUGGGACAACAGUCGACGGGCCAUAGGGCGAACUAGCCUGUACAAAUCCAUCUUUGCCCUACGGCAGGGAACGUCAUCUCCCCUAGAGAAGAUAAGAACCCCCCUCAUGUUGCACGGAGGCCGCCAGGCCACGCUUGCCGUCGAUAUGCUCUACUCGAUCCUCGGAAUCUUAGACAUGGAGGAUUUUCCCGUGUCAUACUCCCUCUCCGCCGAAGACGCCCGCCUGGCUGUCUUUGAAGCGAUGCCCUCCCAGACACUGGCCUCCGUGCUCUGUACGGACUGGGGUCCUAAUAUCUCUGCCAAUCGAGACUCGGCCCUUCCUCGCAUCUACAACUCGCAUCCCAUCGUCGGCAUUACCAUGGAAGAAGUUACGAUCACCGACGCGAAGUUCUCUCGAACGAUCGGGACGACGAUGCGCGCAAGGACGGAGCGGUUUCGUGUUUGGAAAGACGUCGCGCGCAGACAGUCAAGAAGUCUCGGAGUGAUGCGUGGAAUGAUGGGCGGUGACUCUAGGCUGAUGAUCUUGUUCGCCACGAGUCUGCUCGACAACCCCCAUUGCGCCGACCUGGAUGCCUCUACAAUCCCGGACAAGGACCUCAAAGUCAUCGUCCUGGACGGUUCUAUGACGAUGACUGAUGAAGAAUACCUAGACGAAGGGUUUUUGUAUGACACGACAAUGGAGUUCGUGGAGAUCGGGGUGGGCAUCCUGUCAGCGGGAGGUUUUCCGAUGGAUAAGGAGGAUAUGCACCUCAAUACGAGGUCUGCGUUGUUGUGUUUUGGCUGCAAGAGGAACGACUCAGGCGCUCUGGAGAACCAGGGUACACGUACUUCGACGCCUGAAGUCGCGCACAUGAUGGUGAUUCUGGGUGUAUCGCAGGUUAAGAACAAAGCCAAGUGGAACAUCAAGGAACUCAACAUGAAAAUGGGAAGUGGGCUGAAGUCGGUUUGGAAGUGCUUGACACGCUGAGGAACGGUACGAGUGAGUAUGACUGAUGAGAAUGGCGUACCGAGGCCGCGAGCGGACGAUCCUUGUGCUCUCCGCAACACUUCUCGACCAUAUCCUCCACGCUGUGCAGCUGCGCAAAUGGCAAUACCAUGACAUCCAGCCGUUCCUGCGUUCGUGGGUAGAAGAGAUAGGCUCGGAGUGCCGGC